ACUGCUCAAAAUGAUGACGUAUAUCACAUUCGUUCAACUUGACAGUAGCUGGAGUAUGUAUACAAUGUGUGAAAUUAGUUUUCCUCCUUUUCACUGUUUAUCAAUUUAGGGAAUGCUAACUAGGUUGUUUCAAAAUAGAACCCCGACCUUUUUUAUGUUUAUUUGUCAAUAAAGCUAUAAAACUCCUCGUGUAUCAACGACGACGGUUUUUAGCUGCCAACAUGUCAUUUCUCGUGGAUUCAAUUAUCAUGUUCACCUCUCAGGUGCUGUUCUUCGGCUUUGGGUGGCUGUUCUUCAUGAGACAAUUAUUCAAAGAUUACGAGGUCCGUCAAUAUGUUGUGCAAGUUGUCUUCUCUGUCACCUUUGCGUUUUCCUGUACAAUGUUUGAGCUCAUUAUCUUUGAGAUACUGGGUGCCUUAAGCAGCACCUCCAGGUAUUUUCACUGGAAACUCAACCUGUAUGUCAUCCUGCUGGUUCUCAUCUUUGUGGUGCCUUUCUACAUCGGUUACUUUGUGGUUAGCAACAUACGACUGCUGCAGAGACAGAAGCUUCUCUUUGCCUGUGUGGUGUGGUUCACCUUCAUGUAUUUCUUCUGGAAGUUGGGUGACCCCUUUCCCAUCCUCAGUCCCAAACACGGGAUCCUGUCCAUUGAACAGCUGAUUAGUCGAGUCGGGGUGAUCGGAGUCACACUCAUGGCCCUGUUGUCUGGCUUUGGUGCAGUCAACUGUCCUUACACCUACAUGUCUUACUUUCUGAGGAAUGUGACAGACAGUGAUAUCCUGGCCUUGGAACGGAGACUGCUGCAGACAAUGGACAUGAUCGUCAGCAAGAAGAAGAGGAUCGCCAUGACCCGAAGGCAGAUGUACCAGCGCGGGGAGGACCAGAACAAGCAGACGGGAUUCUGGGGGAUGAUUAAAAGCGUCACAUCCUCUCCUCCGGGGAGUGAGAAUCUGUCUCUGAUCCAACAGGAAGUGGAUGCCUUGGAGGAGCUUAGCCGACAGCUCUUCCUGGAGACAGUGGACCUGCAGGCCACUAAGGAAAGGAUAGAGUACUCCAAAACAUUUCAGGGAAAAUACUUCAACUUCUUGGGAUACUUCUUCUCUAUCUACUGUGUCUGGAAAAUAUUUAUGGCCACCAUCAACAUCGUCUUCGACCGUGUAGGCAAGACAGACCCGGUGACGCGCGGGAUCGAGAUAACGGUCAACUACCUGGGCAUCCAGUUUGAUGUCAAAUUUUGGUCCCAGCACAUAUCCUUCAUUCUGGUUGGCAUCAUCAUCGUCACGUCCAUCAGAGGUCUACUGAUCACGCUUACCAAGUUCUUCUAUGCCAUUUCCAGCAACAAGUCCUCCAAUGUCAUAGUACUGGUCCUGGCUCAGAUCAUGGGCAUGUACUUUGUCUCCUCUGUGCUGCUCAUGCGUAUGAGCAUGCCCCUUGAGUACCGCACCAUUGUAACUGAGGUCCUGGGGGAGCUGCAGUUCAACUUCUACCACCGCUGGUUCGACGUCAUCUUCCUGGUCAGCGCCCUGUCCAGCAUCCUCUUCCUGUACCUGGCGCACAAGCAGGCUCCCGAGAAGCACAUGAACUUGUGACCUCAUCACGGGACCGGCCUUCUGUUAUAUUCGUUUUUUUAACAUUUCGGGAGCAGUUUAUUUGUGAUGUUCAUUGAAGACUGUGCCACAGCUCACAGCUCCUGAAUCAGGAGAUGUGUGUGUGUGUGUGUGUGUGUGUGUAUGUGCGUGUGUCUGUGCACAUGUAUGCGGGUGUGUGUGUGUGCGCGUCUGUACGCAUGUGUUCGUGUGUGUGUGUGUGUGUGUGCAUUUGUGCAUGUGUGUGUGGCACAUAAGGUUUACUUUGCUUACCAUAUGACAAGUUGAAUGUGGAAGUCACUUUUUAAGUUGAAUUGAAUGAUUGACACGCGUUGAAAUGCGAACUGAGAUCGCUUUUGGCCUUGAGCCAUACCUGACUGCCCGAUGUCGCCAGGGGCACCGUAGGACUCUUCUUUACCAGCAUGUUCCCACUGCACAGUCGACGGUAUUUUGGUACUUGGUGCAGUACUUGACGUGUCUCCCCUGAAUGGCCGUCUGUUCAUCGCGUGCAUUUCUCUGUUCGCCCCGUCUGGAUUGUAACGGGCCUUCCACGCAGCAGGUAUUCUCACAGCAUAAUAGCGCCCACAUCUGGGAAGGCUGCAGACAUUCCACUGGAGGCCUUGCUGCCCUGAGUGACAAAACUGUGCGGCCUGUCUUUGUUUUAGCUACAGGUAUGCAGGAUGUCUGAAAAGUCGGGUAUAUCUUUGUUGUUUGCGUUUGUGUAUGAUACAGUGUUCCAAGUUUGAAAGCCCUCUACCAACUGAGCAUUGACUGGGUCCCUGUUUAUUGGGAUAGUGACAUUAAAAUUCUUCAGCUAUCUAUUUUGGCUGAAGACAAGAGAACCUUCUCCUAAGAAUUGUAAGCUACUUUAUUCAAAUUUUCAGCAACAUGAAAAACGAGUUAACAAUAUAUUUGCUUUUGACAGCUGGCAUGUAGGACGACCUGGAUUAUUAAUCUGUCGCCAUAGAAAAGCUUGUCUGUUCAUUAUUCAACAGAUCGUAGCGCUUCAGGCAGUUGGGGGAACACGGCGUGAGUAGUCUCGUUUCAUUAAAAUCUUUAUUGCAGUGAACCAAAGGGUCUGAGCCUCAUAACGCUUUGCAUGGUUAUGACUGGCUGACGCCCUUUCACUCAGUUUCAAGAAACAAACCUGCCGCACAAUAAAUACAUUCAUCCCAUGCUGUGGUCUGUUGGUACUGGGACAUAGUUUAAUUAUUGUCAGUUAUUGCUUGGAAAGGAGCGCAGACGGUGAUAUCAGUUGAAGAACAGCUGCUGAUCUGAUCCAGCGAUAGGCAUUCACUUGCCGUGGGGCUCUGCACAGAUAUGAACUGCAUGUCAAGCUUGGACACUCAUUCUUGUACAGAUUCGAGAGGGCAGAUGAAUAAAUGAAAAACGUUUU